CAGCCGACCAAAAGGGGGCGGAGCCGUCUUCCUCCUGGCGCCGCCUUUCUUCUCAGCUAAGCAUCUCUCUGUGUGUCUCUCUCGAGCGCCUCACGUGACCUAACAGAAAGAUCUACAAAAUAAGAAAGUAUGAGCCACUUACGACUGAUUGCUGCUACCCUGAAAUAUCGUGGCAUUUGUUCAUUGGUGGAGAAAAAUGUAAACAGAAGAGUAUUUCUGCAGAGUCGGAAUUAUGCUUCAACUGGAGUGACAGAACCUUUCUUGAGUGGAACUAAUUCAAGUUAUGUUGAAGAAAUGUAUUAUGCAUGGCUUGAAAAUCCCAAAAGUGUGCAUAAGUCUUGGGAUUUAUUUUUCCGAAAUGCUACUUCUGGAGCUCUUCCUGGACAAGCCUAUCAAACACCUUUGCCAGACUUUUCAGAAAGUAAAACUUCACUUAUCCAAAGCCAUGGGCUUACUAAGUCUCCAGGUAAAGCUGAAAAACUGGUUGAAGAUCAUCUAGCUGUCCAGUCACUGAUCCGAGCAUAUCAAAUCCGUGGACACCAUGUGGCUCAGUUGGAUCCAUUAGGAAUCUUGGAUGCUGACUUGGAUUCAUUCGUUCCAUCGGAUUUAAUCACUACUAUAGAUAAACUGGAGUUUUAUGGGUUAUAUGAGUCUGACUUGGACAAAGUAUUCCAGUUGCCAACAACAACCUUCAUAGGAGGAAAUGAAACUAUGCUUUCUUUACGAGAAAUCAUCAAACGAUUGGAGAAUACAUAUUGUCAACAUAUUGGGCUGGAGUUUAUGUUCAUUAAUGACGUGGAGCAGUGUGAUUGGAUCCGACAGAAAUUUGAAACUCCGGGUGUCAUGAAAUUCAGCAGUGAUGAAAAAAGAACAUUGUUGGCUAGAUUGGUGAGAUCAACAAGAUUUGAAGAUUUUCUUGCCCGUAAAUGGUCUUCGGAGAAGCGUUUUGGCUUGGAAGGAUGUGAAGUAAUGAUCCCUGCUCUCAAAAGCAUCAUUGAUAAGUCUAGUGAAAUGGGAAUUGAAUAUGUUAUAAUGGGCAUGCCACACAGAGGAAGGUUGAAUGUGUUGGCUAAUGUUAUUCGAAAAGAGCUGGAACAGAUCUUUUGCCAAUUUGAUCCAAAACUUGAAGCAGCUGAUGAGGGGUCUGGUGAUGUAAAAUAUCAUUUGGGAAUGUACCAUGAGAGGAUCAAUCGAGCAACAAACAAAAAAAUUACCCUGUCUCUUGUGGCUAAUCCGUCUCAUUUGGAAGCAGUAGAUCCUGUGGUACAAGGGAAGACCAAGGCUGAACAAUUUUACCGAGGGGAUUCUGAGGGGAAAAAGGUCAUGUCUAUACUUUUACAUGGAGAUGCUGCCUUUGCUGGACAAGGAGUGGUUUAUGAAACCUUUCAUCUCAGUGAUCUUCCAUCAUAUACCACCAAUGGUACCAUUCAUGUUGUGGUCAACAAUCAGAUUGGUUUUACUACGGAUCCACGAAUGGCUCGCUCAUCUCCGUAUCCAACUGAUGUGGCUCGGGUGGUCAAUGCGCCUAUAUUCCAUGUGAAUUCUGAUGAUCCGGAAGCAGUAAUGUACGUGUGCAAUGUAGCAGCAGAAUGGCGGAACACGUUUAAUAAAGAUGUGGUCAUAGAUCUGGUUUGUUACCGAAAACGAGGCCACAAUGAAAUGGAUGAACCCAUGUUCACCCAACCCUUAAUGUACAAGCAAAUUCAUAAGCAAGUUUCUGUGCUUAAAAAGUAUGCUGACAAGCUGAUAGCUGAUGGAACUGUAACACUGCAGGAAUUUGAGGAGGAAAUUGCAAAGUAUGAUAAGAUCUGCGAAGAAGCAUAUAGUAGGUCCAAAGAUAAUAAAAUUCUACACAUUAAACACUGGCUUGAUUCACCUUGGCCAGGUUUCUUUAAUUUAGAUGGAGAACCAAAAAGUAUGACUUGUCCCCCGACUGGCAUCCCUGAAGAGAUGCUGACCCAUAUUGGCAACAUAGCCAGCUCUGUGCCACUUGAAGGAUUUAAAAUACAUGGAGGACUUUCUCGGAUUUUGAAAGGCCGAUUGGAAAUGACAAAGAACCGAGUUGUUGACUGGGCCUUGGCAGAGUACAUGGCUUUUGGGUCUUUAUUGAAAGAAGGUAUCCACGUGCGCUUAAGUGGACAAGAUGUAGAAAGGGGUACUUUCAGCCAUCGCCACCAUGUGCUGCACGAUCAAGAUAUAGACAAAAGGACUUGUGUUCCCAUGAAUCACCUCUGGGAGCAGCAAGCUCCCUACACUGUAUGCAACAGCUGUCUUUCGGAAUAUGGGGUUUUAGGUUUUGAGCUUGGCUUUGCUAUGUCAAGUCCCAAUGCUCUGGUUUGCUGGGAGGCUCAGUUUGGUGACUUUCACAAUACAGCACAAUGCAUAAUUGAUCAAUUUAUCAGUUCAGGACAAGCCAAGUGGGUUCGUCACAAUGGAAUUGUCCUGCUUUUGCCUCAUGGAAUGGAAGGAAUGGGUCCAGAACAUUCUUCAGCCAGGCCAGAGCGGUUUCUUCAGAUGUGCAAUGAUGAUCCAGAUGCUUUCCCACAAUUUGAUGAUGAUUUUGAGGUUUCCCAACUCUAUGAUUGCAAUUGGAUUGUGGUAAAUUGCUCUACUCCAGCCAGUUACUUCCAUGUUCUUAGAAGGCAAAUUUUAUUGCCAUUUAGAAAGCCUCUGAUCAUUUUUACGCCAAAGUCAUUGUUGAGGCAUCCUGAAGCAAAAUCCAGUUUUGAUGAAAUGAUGUCAGGAACCAGUUUCAGGCGUGUGAUCCCUGAAGAUGGCCCUGCAGCUGAAACACCUGGUGAAGUGAAACGGGUGGUUUUCUGUACAGGGAAGGUAUACUAUGAUCUUGUCAAAGAGAGGAAGAACCAGGAUUUGGAGAAGGAAGUGGCAAUAAUCAGAUUAGAGCAGAUCUCUCCUUUCCCUUUUGACUUACUCAAAGAUGAAAUUGAGAAGUAUGCUAAAGCUGAUCUUGUCUGGUGUCAAGAAGAGCAUAAGAACAUAGGAUAUUAUGACUAUGUCAAACCACGUUUCCGCACCAUUGUGAACCAUACUCGGCCAAUAUGGUAUGUUGGUCGUGAUCCAGCUGCUGCUCCAGCAACUGGUAACAAGAACACGCAUCUGGUGUCGCUCCGAAGAUUUUUGGACACAGCUUUCAAUCUGGAAGCAUUUGAAGGAAAGAUGUUUUGAUCAUAAUACAAGCAGUUCCUCUUCAAUGUGUAGUUUUGUCUUUAUGUGCUUAGGAAAGGCUAUGGCCAUAAAAAAUCAGUGGGAAAAUUCUUGUAAUUUUUAAAUGGCGCUUCCUCUAAACAUUUCCUCCCUCUUGAACCAUUGUGUAUGGCUGCAAAUACUAAGGGUACCUAUAUAAAAUCUUCUCCACUCAUUGUGGUUUUAAGGAUUCCAGUACAGCUACCUCUUAGUGAAGAGAGACAAUAACACACUUUUUGAACCUUGAUGGAACAUUUAAGGUAGACUGAAUCAACAUAUGUACUUUAAAGAAAUUUCUUUACGCUCGUGACAAUAAAACAGAAAUGGUUAGAAAUGCA